UUUUCUGACUGCAGCCUCCUUCCUGUAGCCCGGUUGAGGAAGUGGAUUUCGCUGACAGGGCUGGGUUCACUGAGGGAGAGGCGAACAAAACAUCUUCCGCGGGGGACUAAGAAAACAACAAAACAACAAGAAACGAGUGGAGCGACUUGUUAAAUCGCAGUGAAGCCAAGGUGUACAGUCGUCGGUGAAUCCGUGCUCCCUGCCCCGCUGAGACCGCCGCAGACAUGACUGAACAGCAGCUGGACUGUGCUCUGGACCUGAUGAGGCGUCUGCCUCCUCAGCAGAUCGAAAAGAACCUCAGUGACCUCAUUGACCUGGUGCCCAGUCUGUGUGAGGACCUCCUCUCCUCUGUGGACCAGCCCCUGAAGAUCGCCCGGGACAAGGUGGUGGGGAAAGACUAUCUGCUCUGUGAUUACAACCGAGAUGGCGACUCCUACAGAUCCCCGUGGAGUAAUAAGUAUGAACCUCCCAUUGAAGACGGUGCAAUGCCUUCAGCUCGCCUGAGGAAACUCGAGGUUGAAGCCAAUAACGCUUUCGACCAGUACAGAGACCUGUACUUUGAGGGUGGUGUGUCUUCCGUGUACCUCUGGGACUUGGAUCACGGCUUCGCUGGAGUUAUUCUCAUUAAGAAGGCCGGGGAUGGAUCCAAGAAGAUCAAGGGUUGCUGGGACUCCAUCCACGUGGUGGAGGUGCAGGAGAAGUCCAGUGGUCGUACUGCUCACUAUAAACUCACCUCCACCGUCAUGCUGUGGCUCCAGACAACCAAGACCGGCUCUGGUACCAUGAACCUGGGCGGCAGCCUUACAAGACAGAUGGAAAAAGACGAGACAGUUGGAGAGUCCUCACCCCACAUCGCCAACAUCGGCCGCCUUGUUGAAGAUAUGGAGAACAAGAUUCGCUCCACGCUGAAUGAAAUCUACUUCGGGAAGACCAAGGACAUCGUCAAUGGCCUAAGAUCAAUUGAGUCUUUGCCCGAUAACCAAAAGUACCGGCAGCUCCAGAAGGAGCUGUCGCAGGUCCUCACCCAGCGUCAGAUCUUCAUUGACUAGGGUCAGAGGAGUGUUCAGACUCUGGCUGACAAGUCGAAGCAGGAGGCUCUGAAGGUCGACCUGAUGGAGGCACUCAAACGCAAACAGAACAGCUAGAGAUGCUACGGUUGUUUUCUCCUCUCUCUCUCUCUCUAUAUCUGUCUCUCUCUCUCUCUCUCUCUCUAUCUCUCUCUCUAUCUGUCUCUCUCUCUCUCUCUCCCUGCCUCAUCUCCACCAUCUUUUCUCUGUUUCGUUGCCCUCCCUCCUCACCUGUCUCAACGCUGCACUCUUGUUUAUUUGUGGACAACAACAAAAAAGGAGAAAAUGCUUAGCUUUUUAUUUGUUUUGUUUUUUUCCUGUCUGUUUUUUUUUGUUUUCAUGCAUCUCAUCUGCCAUGAAGCCAUUCACUCACGCCCCCCCUCCCCGUUUCUCUCCUCCCCUCUGUUGGCUCUCUCCCAUGUUAUGGAUAUAAUGAUAGUAUUACCACGGUUAACGAUGCAGUGUGAGGGUCAUUGUAGUAAUAAUCCCCGAUGUUCUCACAGCUGUUGUGUCCUCAGUCAGUUUCAAAAGGCCCUGCUGUCCCUCUGUGCCGAGGAGGCAGACACAGACUGUAGACGUGUAGGCUCAGCGGUGGUGUCAUUAUUACCUUCAUUAAAUUCCUUUCUUGCACCUUUUUUUUUUUUUUUGACUAUGACAUCCCUCUGAUAUAUUUGUAUAGAAAUAUAACUGUCCAUAUAUAAUCCUCUGGACGAUGUAAACACAAGGGCGGCCUAUCUGUGUGUCCAUGAAGGUUUUUACACUUUAUCCAACACAUGAGCCUGUGUUGGGUGCGUGAGGCUGCAGGAGGUGGAAGUGUAGACUUCUCAAACACGGGGACGGACUGUUAUUAUCACAUCAUCGUCAUCAACUCCCUCCUCCCCUACACUGAGCGUAACAUGACAGUUCCUUCCCCUCUGUUCAGCGUAUUCAACUCUUCUCUCUCCUCACCUACUAUGUCUUUGUUGGGGGUCACAGUUUGUCUUUGUGUCUCGGUGGAAACCUUUGCCUGUUUCCAUUUUUUUUUUUUUUUUUUUUUUUUUUUUUGGAGGGGAAUCUAUUUGUUGUAUUUUUUUUGUUUGUUUUUAUUUUGUAAAGCUUAUGAUUCAUAUUGUAUUAGAGCCUCCAGCAACAAUAAAAACAGUAAAAUGCUA